ACCAUCCCUACCGAUGAGUUCUAAAGGAAUUCUCUUUCAUUUAGUAUUAGUUGGAUUUUGCAAGGCCAGAGACAAAAUCUGGAAAUUUUAUCUCGUCCUCUCACUGUCAAUAUUUAUUUAAAGUUAUCUCAAAUACUGGUGUUUAGGUCAAUAUCAGCAACAAUGUCGAACAUGCCAGAAGAUGUCUACUCGGAAAUCCUUCCAUGGGUACCUGCGAAAUCGGCAAUUAUCUGUAAGUCUGUUUGCAAGACAUGGUAUUCCCUAAUUUCAAACCCUAAAUUUGUCAAACUGCACCUUCAUCGCACUAUCGAGAAAAAAAACGAAUCCAAGUUCGUGUUUCUAAUUUCUGGCGAUAAUGAUCAUAAUUAUGCCCUAGUUAGCUCCAUAAGUUAUGAUUUAUUGUAUUCUUCACUAUUAUCAAUGGGAGAUUGUGACGAUGCUAUUGUGGAAAUGGUUCUCCCAUUCAAAGAUUCCGCUUAUCCAGUUCGCUUUCUGGGAACUUGUCAUGGUUUGAUUUGUAUGAUGUACGCCACUAUUGUUGGUACUGCACCAUUCAUUGUAGUUUGGAACCCAACAACUACCGAAUGCAAGAUAUUACCCAAUUCAAAAAUUGGAGUUGUAAACCACCAUCGCUCUAUUUAUUCAUUUGGUUAUGAUCCCAAGAUUGACGACUACAAGUUAGUAACAGUUGUAAAAUUGCAAGGAAAUAAGGAUGGUUCGGUAAGCAUGCGAGGAAGUAAGAAUGGUUAUGUUGCUGAAAUUUAUACCUUACAGUCAGACUCAUGGAGAAGCAUUGAGACCAUCCCUUAUAUGUUUUCUUCUAUCCCUUAUGAUAGUUUAUCUGGGGUGCUUGUUAAUGGAGCUCGUCAUUGGUAUGGCGAAAGCAGGAAUUUAGCGCAAGAAUUUAUAGUCUCUUUUGAUUUUAGCAAGGAGAGGUUUGAACAAUUGCACUUGCCAAAAGAAUUUUCAGAGAUUGAACAUUAUGUUAUGACCUUGGGAGUAUUGGAAGACUGCCUCUAUCUGCUAGCUUCUGUUAUUAGGCCUUGCAUUCAGCAUGAAGUAUGGAUGAUGCAGGAUUAUGGUGUUCAAGAAUCUUGGACUAAACAUGUGGUCAUCCGCCAUCAGUGGGUUGUUCAACUUAUUUUCACCAAGGUCAUCUGGUCUUUCGCUGAUGGUAAGAUUCUGUUAUCAACUGAAGGACACUUGGUUCUAUAUGACCCGAAGCAGAACACAUGUACAACGAAAAUGGUUCGAAAUUUAGCAUGGAUACUCGCAGAAGAUAAUUAUGUCGAAAGCUUAGUUUCGCUUCACUCUGAUAUUAUUCGGGGAGGAAUUGUUGAGAAUAAGCUUCCAUUGUAGGGAACUAGAACACGACAUCGGCUUGGACUGUUAUUGGUUUCAGAUAAUCCACGUAGGGUUAUCAACUUAUUUGAAGUAAAAGAUAUGAUCCUUCGUAUUGCAGAUAAUCAACGUAGGGUUAUCAACUUAUUUGAUGUAAAAGAUCUGAUCCUUCAAGAUAUAUGUAUUCUUGGUGUUAGUGGUGGUACUCACUGUAUGUUGGCGUUAUUAGAGUCAAUUCCAAAAUUUUAGGGUUGUUCUGGAGUUAAUUGUUGUGGUUAUCUUCGUUAGUUUUGGUGUGUGGCUUUAUAGUUUUAAAUUGAAUUUCCUAUCUGAAUAUCUGUAAAGGUUUUCUAGGGUUGUGGUGCUCGGGCGUUUGCAUUUUUAGUUGUUGAUUCGUCAAUUUGAAGUCGUGGAUUCCGUGGAUCUGCUGUUUCUAAGUUCAAAACAGAUACUAAGUUGGUGGUGGUUGUGCUGCACUUGGUAGCUUCAUAGAGGAUCCUUCGUUUACCCUCCAUAAGUUUUGUGAUCAUGCAUGUACGUAAUUGAAGGUACUGCACGACUCAAAAUUUAGUGAUCAAUGUCCAUAAUCCAUAACUGAGUUUGAAAUACUUUACUUCUGCUGAAAAGCAAUUUAAUGUCGUUUCA